UUUUACAAGGCGCGAUUGUCUGUUUGACCUCCUCAAUCCAGUUAUGUUGCGGACAGUUACGGGCAGCAAAUUACUCCUUAGUGUGGCUGGUUGUCAGACUUUAUAGCUUCUAACGACCCGUAAUGCCAAUCAAAGAUGUAUGAAUAACAGCCAGGACCCACAAUUUUACGUGCCAUCUGACACGAAGGAACUCGUUAUGAUAUAGACGGUCACCUAUCCAUGGACCGAUCGUUUUGUAGCUUGACCUGACAUCUGUCAACUUGUGCAUUUGUGGCUUAGCCACUCAUUUUCUUAAAGUUAAACCUUAAAAUGAUCUUACAGGAAGCUAGUGCAGGUCCAGGCGCAUCGGUUGAUCAGAAUCUUAUUAUAAAGGACGUAAUAAUUACUGGCCUAGAUACAUUGUAUUCAGCGAAUGUCGGCGGACCUUUCAAAAUGAACUCUAUUAUAAUCGGCGAAGAAAUAAGGUUCAGCACUUUGCAGAUUCGUGGUAAGGUGGAGAUGAUAUCGAGUUGGAAGGAGGAUUAUGCUUUCGCAGCAGAAAUCAAUGAUGUUGCUGUUGAUAUUCAACUGGACCUUAAGCCAGAGCAAUCUGUGAUCCAAACACGAAAAGACGGACAAAUCCUUAGGGAAAGGGCAACCAUAUUCUUGCGUAAUUUACAGGUUAUAGAGUUCAGAGAAAUGUCUGUAACAAUGCCAGCUGUAAUAUUUUCUUCAGCGGAAUCAUUAAUUGCUGGGUACUUGAAUAAAGAACUGCCCAGAGUUAUUUGUGUCUAUUUGAAGACCAUGUUGCCUCGAGUUUUGAUGAAAAUCGCAAAACCGAAGGAAGGUUAGAGCUAUCAACAAUGAUGUUAUUCUAGAAUACUCUAAUAUGUUCUUUUUAAUAAACUUCUUAUAAAGAGUUACGUAUUGAGAGGCCUAUGUCCAGCAGUGGACAGCUAUAGGCUGAG